AUGGAGAAUCCAACUGAAACAAAUUUGACCGCUAAAUGUAUUUGUAAAAUUGAAUGUGUGCUGGUCGCGCAAGUGCCCAAGGAUGGUUCUAUCUCCCAGAAUAUAUCAGAAAUUAAUCCAGAGGAUCCAGACUGUGUUUGUCAACUGAAAAACAUUAUUAAGGAGCAUCAAAUUCUGUUACGACUAGUUAAGAAAAUCGACGGAAUAUUUUCUCCUUCGGUGUUACUUAGUUUGAUGUCCUCUUCGUUUAUUUUGUGUUUUACUACCUUCAGAUUAUUAAAUGAGAAGUCUUUACUUUUAGUUUCCCUUUCAAUUUUAAUACUUGGUUUCGAAAUGAAGGAAGUGGUUAUAAUUUGCUACAUCGGAAAUUUACUCAUGGACAACAGUUCUAAGAUGUUCGAUGCUCUCUGUACACAAAACUGGUUACGAAGUUCUUUGGAAUAUAAGAAGAUGGUUUUACUAAUGUUGAUGGUAACAAGACGACCAGUCACUUUGAAUAUAUCCGGCAUAGCUGAAGUUAAUCUAGUGACAUUAAAACAAGUACGUAAAUAAACUCUCUAUUAAUGAUGUUGACUAAAUAUAUAAAUGGCUCUUCACUUGGUACAGGUGCUGAGUUUCGCUUUUCAGGUAUUUGCUGUUCUAAAGAAUAUCUAAGA